GGACUACGCCGAUCAUGGAGCUGUCUGCAGUCGGGGAGCGGGUGUUCGCCGCCGAAUCCAUCAUUAAGCGGCGGAUCAGAAAGGUGAGAGCUCGGCGUCGGGUCCGGACACGCAGCCACCAUAGCGAGCGCUGUCUGCGGCUGCCGUGCCGCUAUUCUGACGCACACCGUGCCCUGGCCUUCACUGCGGCUCACCGUGUGCGGGGCCGGGCACUGAGACACCAUCAUCGCUCUAUAGUAAAUACGGGAGGGGGGCGAUAAUGCCGGGUAACCCCCACUGACCCCGGGUUUAUACAUUCAUAGCACAAUUAUACUGAAUGGGGAAAACAGACUGCAAAUAUAGACUGAAAUAUCCAACCUAUUCUGAUUGUGUUUUUUUUUUUUUUAAUUUUUAUUAUUAUAUAUAUAUAUAUAUAUGUGUAUAUGUGUGUGUGUGUAUUCAGUUUUUGUUUUGUUUAAUAUACAGCAUUUCAGUGUGUAAACCCUGAUUUUUAUUAAAUUUAAAAUCCUGUAUUGAGAAUUUAAAGCUAAUUUGAAAGAAUUUUCCAGCUUUUUUUAUUUUUUUUUUUUUUAUUUUUUUUCCUCUAACAUCAAAACUGAGACUUGAAUAGUCCAGCUCUGAAUCUGGUCUGUAGAAUUAUUAUUUUUUUAUCAUCAGGUUUGAAAUUUGGAUUUAACUUGCAAGAAUUCAGGGUUUUAGUAUAUAAGCCUGAUGAAGAUUUGGAAUUUAGUGAACACAGACAGCUGAUUACUAUAAAAUUGUAAACUGAAAUGCAAAAAAACCAAAAAUACCCAGGGCUGAUAGUGGAGUUAGAUAAUGCUUCCAUGUAAGAUGACAUUGGCCUACAUUUUGUACUCUGUAAAAUAAAAACAUGUAAAUAAGCCCUAAAGUCGGCAAGUUCAAGAUGUGACUGUAAUAUCAAACCACCAUGCAUGGUAUUCUGACAAGGCCCCUCUUUACUUGGACAUUUAGUAUAAAAUCCCAUUAUCCACUCAUAUGCUAAAGCAUUAGAUACUAGCGGCAGUAAUGAUGGCUCCAAUCACCUUCCCAUUUGAAGCAUCCUGCCGUGAGAUGACGAAUAAGUUUGUGUUUUUAUUUAUUUAUUUUUUUUAUAUUCUUUCUUUCCCAUGCAUUGCAGUUGCAGCGGUAAAUUUGCUGAUGUCCUCAGUCGCCUCCACCCCUCCUCCUAGUAAUUUUUAUUUGGAUGCCAUAGUAGUUUAAUGACUGAGAGGCCCUCUUCCCUUUGCAAAUGAUCAUCCCCCAGCUGUCUGCAUGUUAGUACUACAUUUUUGUAUAUAUUUAAUUUUUUUUGUUUCUUGGCUGCUGGCUUUUAACUAUGGCCGUGCCACAUAGUUUAGUUUUCUGCAUGAUAACCACAUGCUUCCUGUGCAGCUGUGCUAUUUUUACAAUAUCCGACCUAACAUAUGAAGAGGUGUUUCUCAAAGCUUGCAUGUGUACGAGCAACUUUUGUACUCUCAAAAAUGUUACUGCCCUGUGUCACUUGACAUUGUCAAAGAAUAGGUAGAUCUAAUCACAGUGUAUUUAAUUCAUACUUUAGUUUAGAAACCGCGUUCUUUUGCUUCCUAUCUUGCACAUACUUCUUUCAGGCCUCUCUGUAUUUGCACCUGUUUACUGUUAUUGUUUGGGUAACGGUUGGAAGACUCUGUUACAAUAUAAAAAAAGUGAUGCAAUAUUGCAAGAUAAAUCAUGUAGCAAAAAUGAAACGGUCCUCUUUUUUUCCACAAUGAUUAAGCAGAGUUUUGAUCAAAAUUGCCAUUCCUUGUUCUAAUUAGGAGUCUUUGUACAUCACUUAAGUCAAGUGUGGCCUGCAAUGCGCUGGGGUAAUCAAGUACUUGAACUACAGCUAUUCAUCUCAUAUGAUGGCUGUACUUCUUUCCACAAGGUAAAAUCGUAAGUGUGAAUUGUUUGGAGUGGAAAAAAAAUAAAAUUUUAGACCAAACUAGUCAAACUAGAAAUAUAACUGAAUUGAAGAAUUUCCCUGAUUUAUAUACUGGCCUUUAUUUUAAAAUUCACCUUGAAUAGCUAACAGGUCACUUUACUGAAUAACUACCACUGAAUUGGAACUUCAUUGGUCUGUAGUUCCUAAUUCGCUUAUUCAUGUUAAUACUGGAGUUCAUUUUCACUUCUUCAACUAUUUCUACCGUUUGACAUCUUAAAUUACUUGUUACUCCAAAGCACUUCCUGGCGCGGUGUGCAUUUCAAGCACACAGAAUUUCUUCCAAUAUCUUCAAAAAUCUUGGAAGAAGUAAAUAAUUUAGCGCUAUGUUUCAAAAUGAAUAGUUACAACAUCAAAAAUAUUCUGACAAAGUAACAAAUCUAAUUUGUACAUUUGCCAGUAAUUAUUUAACAGUCUAUAUUUAGAGGGAAAAUUUCAGAUUUUCUAUUAAUCUUCCUUAUGUGUAAAUGACCCAAAUUAGCCUCCUUAAUUUUUUAUGUAAAUUGUAUUUGUGCAGUUGUCUGCAUUAUGGAUGAACAGAUAUAUUUAUUGUAAUAAGUAGAUAUAGUUUUUCUACAAAACAUGCAUACAUAUAUCCCCUUUAACAUGUUUAUAGAAAACAUCUAUUUCAGCAUGCAUAUCAUUAUGUACAUCUUCAAGCACAACCUAUGCGCCCGUGAUUGCCUUUUUUAUAUAAUCUAAAAUACAUUGCAGCUUCUUCGUCUGGCUUCUUGUCGGUGGGUAGAUAUUAGAAAUGUUUUUAUUUAUGCAGUUGGAUUCUACAUGCAGAAGUUAGACAGUAAAGUAGGGGGUUGAGGGGGGAGUUUUCAGAGCUGCAGUGACUCUCUCAAUCUAAAUUGCUGCAAUUAUAUGCCACUCUGGUAUUAAUGCAAAGUUGUUUUGGUAAAUAGUGACGCUUUAAAUCUCAAACUAGUUCCCUAGCCUCGCCAUUCACCCCCAUUCCCCCCCCUCCCCAAUAUUCCCUCAAUGUGUCAUUGGUUUUGAAAUUUUAAAACUUUGAAUUGCAAACAUAAGUCAAAAUGGAAAAUUUUAUUGUACCAUUAUUGAUCAGUGUCCAUUGCGAACCUAAUCAACACUUACAACACUAUUUAAAGCUGUUGUUAUGUAAACAUUCUCACAAUAUGGCUAUCUGGACUGACUGCCUUGCACAGUAUUCUUAAAUUAUAGUGGAUUUGUUUAUAUCCAGAAAAUGAGUCUUUAGGGUUUUAGUUUGUGACUUCUUCUGCAUUAACUAUUUAAUCUAUACACAAACCAAUAUUCUGACCUCAUGCAUUAUCCAGCAGAACUCAACCGUAUAUAAAAGGGAUUGCACUCCAAGGCCUUGUCUAAAAUAAAUAUGUGCAGCUUAUGUACUUUUCAGCAUUUCAGCUAAUAUACGUGUUCUUCAGGUCCAGGACAACUGAACCAGCAAAAGUCUGUACUGUUCAAAUAAUUGACCUUCCUAUAAAUUUAUACAAUAUUUGCAUUUCUGAGCUCUGAAUUGCUAGCAUUAUCUUAUCUGUGCCACAUUGCAUUCUAGAAGUUGUACACCUGUUCCAUAGGUGUGUAUCACGGCCGUGAACCUUUUUUUGUCAAUGAAAAGGUGUGGAUAUUAUAGUCUGGGAUUUUUACAAAUGCUGGGAAUGUUAAAGGAACACUAUGGGGUCAGGAACAAAAACAUGCAUUCCUGACCCUGUAGUUUUAAAUACACCACCUAGUAGGGAGGUCUUUUCUGCUCUCCCUCAUCAGUGACCUCUAGGAGAGAAAAAUAUUUUUAAAUAGGUUUUUUUGCCUAACCUAUACAUUUGUUAGCAAAACUGCUAGCACCAUGUAUAGUUAGUCGUAUGCUCAAUUUAAUGAACAUAGGUUGUUUGGGGCAGACAGGUGCCCUUUAAUGUGUAAGCUGUAGAAGACCUGAAUGGUUGAAGCUUGAAUUAAUUCACUCAUUCAAAAGUAAAUAGAAAUGAAAAUCCACUUCAAAUGCUAGCAAUCCAGAAGUUGAGUAUUUCUAUGAACUCAAAAAAUCUAAAACCUGAUGACCUCAACAUAGAAGAAAUUCAUGAAAGUAGAGUAUAGUGGAAAAUAUUAAUUUAAAACAUUUGCUAAACUCCACUAGUCGUCUUUUUCAAAGUGCACGGUAAUGUAGUAGACCUCCAAACAUUGGGACCCAGCAAGAUGCUGAUUUUAUAGCAGUUAAUGGAUACUUGAUACACACAAAAUUCCUAAUGCUUCCCUGCAAUAUGGUCCGUACCACUAAUCACCACAUUUCAAAAGACCCAACUAACCUAAGCAGAGGUACCAUGGUUAGUACUGACUCCUAAGUCUUAAGAUGGACUUGGAGAAAACCAAAAUCACGUUUUUUCCAACAAACUCUACAUACAACGAAUCCAGACAAAGCACAACCAGAAUUAUAAUCUCUAGAUCACAAUUACCUCAUCAGAAAUCUUUCUGAGUAUUCCAAGAAAAAGCACUGAGCUUUCCCCCAUGUGAUUUGGAAAAGUCUGAUCAGUUCCAGUCAGCUGUUCCAUUUCUUUAGUAUUCGUUUGAGGUUUGUUACUGAACAAGAAGAAAUAUUUAAUCCUAUUGGAACAAAUUACAAUACAGAAUAUGCAUUUACUAUUCAACAAAUGUACUGCUGGGGAGCUUUCAUUUGAUACCAGCAUAGAUACAUUUUUCUAAAGACAGUACAACUAUACAUGGACGUGAACACAGCCUUCUACGUUGCACUGUGCACACACCUGUAAAGGACAAUUACUUCUCAGAAAUAGAAAUAACACUUUUCCCCAUUUGUAACAAAUACAGACCAUAGACUCUGUUUGGAAAAAAUGUCAUGUGAUUUGCAGAAUUUGAAAUUAAGUCAGAAACGUUUAUCAUGACUUAAGACACCCCAACCUAUUCUGUUUUCUGUAUCUGUGUAUUUUGUUUGGGAAUUUGUAUAUACAACUUUUAAGAUUAUAAAGGACCACUUCACACCACAAAGGCACUUCAGCUUGCUGAAGUGCUUUACAGGUGAGGAGUGUCACGGCAAGGGUGCUUAAUUAAUUAUUGCACUAUGGGAUAAUGUCCUCUAAUGUAAUUUGUGUGCUGCAUAGAUGGCCUGCCUGCCUGGUAGAGGUGGUAUUGCCAAUGUCAAAAGGGGUUAAUUUGAUUGUAUGGAAUGUCAGAAGGUUUAUAGCCUUAAUUCCUCUUUGAAGCUGGGACCCCCACAGAGGUCAGAUGACAGAAGGGGUAAUGUAAAUUGCAUAGGAAUGUGAAAAGGGUCAGAUGGGUUACCACAUGGAUAGAUCCUGUGAUUAAUCAAAGACCCUCUGCAAGGUGUGGGAUGCUACACUUGAAACUACCUCUUAAUUGAUGAGUCAAUCUCUUUGAUAUGUUAAUGGCCAUUAGCCUUGUUCCAGUAUCAUAUCCAAAAGGAAAAACAUUAUUUACCCACAGAAUAGUAAUUAAGCCUCAUUUGUUAUAUUUGGAAUGUGACAAGCGCCAUCUUUUAAUCAAGUCCAAACAUGAUUGGUAUAACUUAACCAUAGGGGAAGGGGUUGUGAUGUCCGCUAUAUUGGGUCGCAAGUGAGGUGUGUGUGACAUAUCUAUGGAAUGGAAAAAUAACAAAUUCGCAGAUGCAAUUAUUAUUUCUGUGGCAAGUACAUAAGAGACGAUAGAACCAAAUGUUUCCAUUUGGAUUGAGGUAGGUCUAGGGCACAAGGUGGUGGUCACUUUUUGUCUCUAUAGAUAUGCCUUAACUCCACCUCUGGGCGAGGCGUGGUAAUCCACAUGGUAUUUCUCUAAUGAUACGGAAGUGUGCAUUGUAGUUGCUUGAGGGGCCAGAAUCUAAUUCUAAGUAAGUCACCAUCUUUCCUACCAGAGACCUCCUGGGGCAGAAGUUUUACUUCGAAAAGCUGAGUAAGUGAUUAGGACUUAUGUUAUCUCAUCCCUUUUGGUUUUAUCUGUUGUUGGUGUAAAUAUUUUGAUUGGCAUCCAUAUUUUUUGUAUGCACUGUGUGCAUUUACUAUUUUUUUGCUCAUAAGUGUUUCUUUAUAAAGUUCUGCCUUUGUCUCGUAAAGAAUAACGUUACCUGAAGAGAAUAAUUCAUAUUUUGCUAUUACAUAUUGUGCAAAGCUAUAUUUGGUGGGUUUUUCUUAAGUUACCAGGGGGACCAAGGCACCCCAUUUAUAAAUUGUCUUGGUGGUGGCAGUGUUAAAAUAGUAAGUUAUAUUAUUAUGCUUAAGUGUGGGUGGUGUUAAGGGGAUUUUAUCAUUAUUUCCGAUCUAGUGCAGACAAAUAGUGAACGUUAACCCUUUCACCACCACAACUACAUCACGCACACUCUUGAAGUAGGGUGCGUUCGUGACAAGGAGUAUCCUAGUUUAUUCUCAAUUAAUAAAAGUGGAGAUUUUUAUGAGCAAUCAGCACUUUUAUAAAUUUAACUAGGGAACACCCCCUGGCUGUCACUCAAACAGCCAGGGAGCUUUGCAGCCUUCUUGGGCAUGCCUCCCCAUCCCCACAGACGUCAGAUCAGCUCCAGACCUCAAACCGGGGAUGCAUGUGGGCACCAAAUCAGAGGUUUCUCCAUGAGAAGCAUCUGGUUAUUUCUCUGUGAGGAGACUGAUUCUCAUCUGGGGGGAAAAAAGGAGGGCUUGUUAAGGCAGCUGUUCAUAAAGGGAAUGAGACACUGGGAGUGGGUGAGGGGGUGUGACAGCUGGGGGAAAGAGACAAUAAGGGGAAAUGAGAUGCAGCUAGAUGGGCUGGGGGGAAGAGACACACAAAUGAGACUAUGGAGAGAAAGAGACCCACAGAGGGGCUGGGGAAGAAACACUCAGAGGGGACACAGAGGAGCUGGAGAAGGGGCAAAUGAGACAGAGGCUUUACCUAAACCCAUUAGAUUUGUCAUGUCGAUUCUAUGGGAGAUUUUAGUCAACUAAAACUGCUUUCUAGUCCGAAGACUGACUAAAUACCUUUCUAAAGAAUUGGUAAUUUAAAGAAAAUAAAAUCUUAAAGGUGUAGUUUGUGCACGAAAAUCACUUAAUCUUAAUAAUAUGACUAUUGGACAUGGAUGCUGACCCUGCUUCCUUGCAAAUAAAAAGUUUAUUUUUUUUGUUUUGUUUUGUUUUCGUGUUGUCUCCCGAACGCAGGUAGUGGUACAUGGCCGUUGAUGGCAUGGAUUUCUGAGUUGGCUACACAAGCCCGCAAACCUCUCUGUAAACUUGUACCCCUGCUCGUUCCACUUCCCGACCAACUAGGAGAACGGCGUUCGGAAGUUGACAUUGCCCCGCAUUAGAACUCCCGAACGCCGUUUGACUCCCCAACACAGUACAAAAUUCUGUCGAAACUAGCACUGACCUGUGGAUUUUUUUUUUUAAGAGCUUCGGGCUUCUGUUACGAAGAGGAUCCCAUUGAUUUAAAUAGAGCAAAUAUUGUAUAAAAGUGUUUUUAUAGAGGUAUAUUAUAACUUCUUUUUAAAGGAAUGAAACCUAUGGGAAUACCGGGCGAGGUCGUUAUUUAAUAAGAAUGAAACCGCAAUGAAAUAAGUUAUGUAAUUUACAAGGUUGCAAUAAUAUUUUCAGGUGACGAGUGCAUAAACAAGCAGUUUGUGUCACGUGAUCUGUAGAAGUCUAAUUUUUUUUUAUAUUUAUUAUUAAUGGGAGAGUAGCAGAAUUUGGAGAUUGAGUGAAAAAGGAUAAUUGCCUAAUGUUUCUGACAUCAACGGCUAAAUAUCUCUGCUUUUAUGGAAUUGGACGUUUAGAUCCAUUCCAAGAAUGCAGGCACUUAUGGGUUAAAAAACAGAAUUGCUGUGUUAACAUUGCAUUACCAAAAAGUCUGCCAAUUUAUUUUCAGAUACCGUAAAUGCUCGUCUAUAAGUAGAGUGCAGUUUUUUGACCAACAAUUGUGAAAUAUGCUAUGACUCUGGGAUAAGUAGAGGGUACGUUAUUCAAAUGGAAUUGUUUGGUUAACGAACAGACUCUGACCACCCCUGGUUGUUAACCACAAAGGUGGCUGCCAUUCGUCUAUACGAACGCACGUGUUGUCUCCCGAACGCAGGUAGUGGUACAUGGCCGUUGAUGGCAUGGAUCUCUGAGUUGGCUACACAAGCCCGCAAACCUCUCUGUAAACUUGUACCCCUGCUCGUUCCACUUCCUGACCAACUAGGAGAACGGCGUUCGGAAGUUGACAUUGCCCCGCAUUAGAACUCCCGAACGCCGUUUGACUCCCCAACACAGUACAAAAUUCUGUCGAAACUAGCACUGACCUGUGGAUAAGUCGACUUUGCGUUUUAAAAUGAAGUUUAAGACUAAAAUUUCUUGACUUAUACAGGAGUAUAUAGGGUAAUGAAAUUUCGUUGUGUGUGUGUGUGUGGUAUAAUGAUUUGAUGUGUUUUGCAGCAUUAUAUGGUUUCUUGUUACAUUAAUUAUAAUUGAAAUUUAAGGCAUCUGAAAAGGGGGAAUAAAAGCCCCCAAAUGUAGUAGUUUUUCAAGCAAGAGGAAUGUUUAUUCUGGCAUCACUAGUCUUGUUUGUCAUUUACAUUCUUUGUGUGUCUGACCUUCUUUAUGACUAUUAUAUGGAUUGCAUUAUUCUGACUCUUUUUUUUUAUUUUUUUUUUUUUUUCACUAUUUAUUUUGCUUUUUGAUAGGGCCGUAUUGAAUAUUUGGUGAAAUGGAAAGGCUGGGCCAUAAAGUAAGUAAGCUGUUUUUGUGUUUUCAUUAAUACAGUACUGUGUGUGUAUAUGGUACAUCAUUUUCAUAUUCUACUAUUAAUCAUGUGUUUCCUGUAUGCAUUUUAGCAGUACCUGAUUUUAAUUGCUUGUUUUUUUUAGUUUGCGGACCAAUAGAGGGCUCGGCCACGCUACAGUGAGGGAGUGACAGGAGGGAGCGCUGAGCGCUUCCCUCCUGUCAGCCCCUCUCCUCAUGCUGCGCCCGGGCGGUGUGCCCUCAUGGACGCACCGCCCGGGCAAAGCUGCAGCCACCUGAGGCUCUCUACAGAGCGCUCGGGCGGCUGCUGCAUGGGGGGGCCGGCGCUCCUGGUCAUGGCACCCCCCACCCUGGGGGCAACUGGGGAGGACCGCCCCCUCUGCCCCCCCUUAGUACGCCACUGGUUUUGGGUGAUGCUGGAUGUCCUCGUGUACCUUGAAACUCUUGCCUUGUUCUAUAUGAGCUAAUGGCAUGCUAGCUGUUGUGGUGUGUUUUGGUUUUGUUUUUAUUACAAAAUUAUAAUUUGGCAGGGGGGGGGUAUUGUUUUUUAAGAUCUGGGAGUAAGUGUUCCCUUAUUUUGCACAGUUCACCACAGUAAGACCAUAAAAUAGUGGUUGCUGGGAAAGACUUAACAAAGGGUUUGGUCACAAACAAACAUGGGGGACAGUUCCUAUUUAACAACUCAAGUAUUGUUUCUGACAUUUAUGACCAUGAAAUAAAAUUAGGCUUUAAAUGAGUGUGUCUGUAUAUAUGACACACAUAUACUUUAAUGCUAUUAUUAUAAAGCACAGCAAAGAAUACAUUGGUAAAUAAAAACCCGCAAAACUGACAACCCUUUUUAAAGAUAUAAAAUAUUUAAUUUUGAUAGUGUAAUUUCUUUGCAAAUAUAACUUUAAUGUAGUCACGUUUGAAAGCUGAAAGAUAGUUUACAAUAGGUAUCGUGGAUCAUUUAGUUGCUAUCUCAUGAACAAUUCAGUAUUUCCAUUAAUAGUUAACAGACAUUGUAUGAAGGUGACAUGUCCACUUGAACAAAUUCCUCUUUGUAUAAUCCCUCUUGUGAAAUGUCGGCACUUAGGUUUGUAGAACUGGUUAGUUAGCCAAACAAAUAUACGAUCUUGGGCUGAAGGUGUUGGGCCGAGUCAGACAUGGCUUUUUUUUUUGAGUGAGUGAGAGAGAGAUAGAUAUAGAUAUAGAUAGAUAUAUAUAUAUAUAUCACCACCAGUCUUCUUCUGAAGAAGCUCAGCCCAGACAGUCCCCAUUCUGCACUGUAGGACCCCCAGGGGCCAUGUGACCGCUAAAAGAGCGGUCACUUGGCCACAAUAGGUGUCCACAGUGCUGCCAGCAGGGGGACUGCCUGAAAUGACAGGCAGUGCCCCUACUGGUGAAAAAGUAAAAAUAAAAUUUAAUAAAUGUAAAAAAAAAAAUAUAAAAAAUAAAAUAAAAAUAUAUAUAUAUAUAUAUCGUGUGUGUGUGUGUGUGUAUAUAUAUAUAUAUAUAUAUAUAUAUAUAUAUAUAUCUAUAUAUAUGCUAUCUAACGUCAUACUAAGUGUAUUUUUUUUAAAAUUAAUAUAAAAAUACUUACUGUAAAAUUACACACGUGUGUGUGUGUGUAUAUAUAUAUAAUUUUUAUAUAUUAUAUUAAAAUUCGAACUGUAUUUUGAUAUUAAAAUAUAAAUAUAUAUCAAUGAAUAUCUCCUUAACGACUGUGGACUUAUUGAGUAUGUCCAACUAAAAUGGUCGUUAAGGACCGCAGACGUACCAAGUAUGUCCGCGGCAAAUAGGAGCCCUGAACCCUAGCAGUCCCCCUGCAGUAGCUCCGGCCCUCUAGGGCCAUGUGAUCACAUCGCCGCAGGAGGUGGAAAAAAUGAGCGGCACAGUGGGAGCCUCCAUGUCAGAAAAAGGAAAGUAAAUUAUUUAUUUGACAAACAGGAAGCGUGGAGCCUUACUACAACUAGAGACAUUUUAAGAAUACAGAUCUUUAGCAACUUGGAGUAUUCUUUCUCAAAUUGACAACCCUGAAAUAAAAUUCAGAUGUCUGUCUACAAGGUCCCCCCGUGUGCCUGACCGCAUACUGUUUCUGUCCUAUGCCCAUGGUCCUUCCAUCCUGAUCUUACAGUAAGGUAGAAGUUCAUCCCCUUUAUCAUACCAGCUUUUACCAAGUUGGGGCAUUAAUCGUGGGCUGAUAUUUUAACUCUAACUGUUGAGUAUUUUCUUCUAGGAGCACUUUGGUUUGAUAUAAAACAUGCUAUUGGGCAUGCUGAGUUGAUUCUAUGCAGAGUUACAACUGAAUUCAUACACAUUAACGUUAAAAGGUUCCAGACACCAUUGGCAUUUAAAGAAUUCCGUGUGCAAUGACAGCGGGUUAGUGGAGUUUAAGCCAUUACUGGAAAGUGUUCUGGUUAAUUUCAUGCUGCGAAGUGCAAAUAUUUUUCAGGGGUUUGUCCUCUCGGGAAGCUUCAUUCACAACAGUGUGUUGGAUUUGUGGAAUUACCUGUUUUUCAACCCCUUAAACGGGCACAAUUCACUGCCCAAAUACAGAAAAAUAACAAACAUCACUAGUAGAAAUACUCCAAAUAAAAACAUGGAUGCACAUUUUCAUUAGGCGUAUAUCUAAAAACAGCUUGCAAAACCUGCUGCCUUUGCAAACCUUCAAUUUCUAGCUCCGCCCAGACUUUCUGUGGCUGUCCAAUCACAGACGCUCAAUGAGAAGUCCUUGCAAGGCAGGUGCUCUGUGCAAUUGCUGUAUCUUCAGGUUAAACAGCUAGCUAAAGUGGUAGGAAGUAAUAUGAUAAGUGGUGUGCCUGAGAGCCAUAGGGGUGGUAACCAGGUUAAAUUAGAAAAGUGCCAGUUUUUAUUGAGUUUUACACUUUUUGUAAAAUGGGGGAGGAGGGCAGAAGAGGACACACUAUUUAUACAUAAAGCAUGUCUGCAAACUACAGUGCUUUAGGGGUCUGGAGUAUCGCUUGAAGGACACUGCUUUGUACUUAAGGACUUAAUUUUUGGGCAUUUUUCCUACGUGUGUUCACCUACAAUUUCUAUCUUUGUCAUUUAUUGCACACAAAAACAUAUUACAUGUUAUGUUUUUUUUAUGUGUGUGUGUGUGUAUAUAUGUGUAUAUGUGUGUAUGUGUGUAUGUGUGUAUAUGUGUGUAUGUAUAUGUAUAUGUGUGUAUAUAUAUAUAUAUAUAUAUAUAUAUAUAUAUAUAUAUAUAUAUAUAUAUAUAUAUAUAUAUAUAUAUAUAUAUAUAUAUAUAUGUGUGUGUGUGUCAUUUACAUCUCAUUUAUUUAAACAUAAAAUAUGAACUUUUUUUUUUUCCACAGUUUUGGCAACCGUGUGCAUAAUUAAUGCAGCAUAAAGGCUGUAUUUCUAAUGCUAGUUAGUUAGCUAGAGUUCCCUUGUCCCUAGUUUAUAUGUAGUUCUCCCCCUGUUUUAAUAAAAAUGUUAUACAUUUGAGUUUUAGCUAUCUUUUCCCUUCAGAUUAGAGGCAGUGCUUGACAACUGGGAUUUCUAAUCUGGAGGGAAAAAACAGGCAGGCAAACCCCCAAACCUUUUUAAGUACCUCCCCCAAUUACUAUUCGUAUUAUAAAUAUCCACUUACCCCAAAACAGCCCCAGUUCUUUGCCUGCCUUUGGCAGAGGAGGGUGACAGGUUGUUCCCUCAAGAAGCAUGGUGAGAGGGCUGAGGCUCAGGAGGCUCUGCUUCUUCUCGCUUAUGGACAGGGGUAAGCACGCAGGACGGCUGAAUCCCCUCUGUGUUAUAUGUGAAUACCGUCUAUACCGCGCAAUGUGCCGGGCAGACGAGGGGCCAGCUGGGAAGUCCUGGCGGUAGAACGCACGUACAGGUUGCGUUCCACCGGGAUAUCGCGUUGCACAUGUGCAAUACGAUUCAAAUUCAGCCGCCAAAAUCUGAAAUUUCUUUAUUUUCGUCGCUCGUUCAGAUUUGGUUUCUAGGACUUAGAGAGGCCAUUUAACCAGCAGCAACUAACUGUUUGCCAGGUGCACUCAGAAUCUGUUGCAAGUGCGUUCUCACCUGCCCUCCAACACACUUUGAGACCAUUUAAGGUAAGACUUUUUGCUUUUCGCUUAAAUGGCUUUAGCCUGAAUUAAAAUUGAGAUUUUUUUUUUUUCUCUUUCCUCAGUAUGUCUAAUCCUGAGACUACAGAUAGAACUUCUUAGAGGGGUAAAUGUUCUGCAAAAUCCAAACAUUUAAGUUGCGCUGCUUGUUCACAACCCAUGCCAGAUGGAUAUAAAAGGAAAAUAGCUUCCAAAGAGACUUCUGAGGAAGCAAAGAAGUCAGAAAUGUCCACAUUCGUAAACUGGCUCCAGCAAAGUAUGCAAAUGCAGACUGCAGCCAUUCAGUCUGCUCAGGACUCUGUUUCUCAGGAUUUGUCAGUAAUAAAACCGUCUAAGAAAAGGCCUAGAUCCUGGGAACUAUCAGAUGUAAGCUCGAGUUCUGAUAUGUCUGAAUCAAGAGAUGAGAAUUCUAGUGAUUCUUCUGAGGAGGAAUUUGCAUUUCCAGAGGAAUCUAUUGGAAAAUGAGUAAAGGAAGUCCAGUUCCUGAUGGAGGAUGUGAAAAAGGAAGAAAUCAAAAGUUUUCCCAUUUCAUCCUCCGCUAAAGGAUUUGAUUUGAGAGAAUGGAAAUUCCCAGGGCGAAAGCAGUUUAUGUCAAAACACUUUAAAUCUCUUUUUACCAUUUGAAAUGGAUCCUGAGUGCCUCCUGGAUUCUGUUCCAUUGGUAGACAUCCCUAUAGCUCAGCUGGGAAAGAAAACCACUUUACCUAUAGGUGAUUCGAGUGGCUUAAGACGCCAUGGAGAAGCGUAUGGAUUCUUCUUUAAAGAAAAUAUUUGUCUCCUCAGCUGCACAAUCGAAAGCACUGAUUGCAGGUACUUCUGUGGCAAAGGCACAGAAACAUUGGCUAGAAGAAUUAGAGAAGGUUUAUGCGGGUGAAUCUAAAGAAGACUCUGUAAAGUAGUUGAAAAAGAUGGCAUUGGAUUUGUUUUGUAGAUUCUUCUUCAGAAAGCCUGUAGUUAUCCGCUAAGGCACUGGGGCUAUCUACAGUGGCAAGGAGAGCACUAUGGCUGAGAAACUGGUCAGCUGACUCAGCAUCCAAGAAUUCUUUGUGACCUUCCAUUUGAACUUGGUAGACUUCUUGGUUCUAAACUGGAUGAUCUGUUAAAACAGAUGAAGGAAGGCCUCGCCUGACGUUUACAGGAAACUGGUUUGGAAUAAAAAGUUUUUUUGGAGUCCAGUCCUCCUUCAGAGGUUCCUUUCGAAAGAGCGCUUGCAGGGGUCUACAAAGGAAAGUAUUUGAUUACAGGAGAAAAGAGAAGUUCACUGACGAGGAAUAGGAUGUUAUGACGCCAUUCCAGUUGGAGGAAGAUUGACACAUUUCCUAAAUUACUGUCAAGUGACUACCUCUGAUCGCUGGGCUCUUUCUGUGAUAAAGAAUGGUUACUACCUGGAUCUAUCAGAGAUCCCAAAAAGAACAUUUUUAUGUUCUACGGCCCUAUCGCCUGCAACAGAGAGAGCCUUAAUGGAAGAAGUAUCAAAGCUCCUUCAAAAGAAGGUCAUAGAAAGAGUGCUCCUAAAAUUAAAGAUUUACCGGACGGUUCUUUCAGACCCAUUCUAGAUCUCAAGUCCGUCAACAAUUUUUUUUGUGUCAAUCAUUUUUAUUGAAGGUAAUUUUUUCAAAUAUUCCGUAGGCAUACGGUAAGUAAAACGGUAAAUGGUACAAGACAUAUAAAAAACAAGUAACAGAAACAAUGCUCAUAUUUUCUACUCUCAAAAUCUGGAGGUUGUCUACAUACAAACCCAUGCCCGCGGCUUAGGGUCUGUCGGUAAAUGGUACAAGACAUAUAUAAACAAGUAACAGAACAAUGCUCAUAUUUUCUACUAUCGAAAUCUGGAGGUUGUCUACAUACGAAUCCAUGCCUGCGGCUUGGGUAAUAUGAAGGUCAGUCAACCUUCGGUCAACCCGACAAGUGAUUGCUGUGCUUUGUUUAAUCCUGCGUCCCCAUGUGCACCCCGAGGUGCAUGUAGAAUGUUUAAGUGUCAACUCUUAUAGGUGGUCAGUCAUGUUAAACCCUCGGGGCCAUUUCGGCGUGUUGCGCUCUAAAUCUUCCCCCUCAGAGAAGGGGAGUCAAACUAAUUACUCACUAGGAUUGUGAGGUCAGCCUUAUACCUGUCGCCUCCACCCAAGCCGUUAUGUCUAGGAGGGUGACCCCCCUUUUCGGCUGUGUCAGUAUGGCCUGUCCAUGUCCUGUAUGUCGUCCAUGAACUGUGGGGUAGUGCGUCCGUCGGGGCAUGUUCCAGACUAAGCCAGUCUGCUUCAGGGUCUCCGUGCUGGGUAUAAGUUGAGAGAUAGUACACACAAAGGGAGGGAAAGAGAGAAAGAAGAAGAAGAGAAGAGAGAGAAAAAAAAAAAAGAAAAGAGCACACUCCCCACACACCUCCCCCCUCAGGUCGGUUCCGCAGCCCCGCAACUCAUGCCCCGUCUCUCGAGGUAUACUGCCUCCAAGGAUACCACGUCAGGGCGCACUUAUCUGCGCGCUCUCGCAUAGAGGCCGUCAGGAUCUCCAUGUCGUAGAUGGUCUCCACCUUGUCUAUCCAUUGUCUAAGUGUGGGAACUGAUGGACCUUUCCAGUGCAGGGGAAUGAGGGCCUUUGCUGCGUUCAAUAGGUGUAUUGUCAGUGACUUUUUGUAUGCCUGCGUUGGGGUGGGUGUAUGGUGUAGAAGCAUUGGCAGCGGCUGUAGGGGGAUGUCGUCCCCUGUGAUCUCCUUGAUCUUUGCCUUGAUCAUUUGCCAGUAUGGUUUGAUACUAGGGCAUGACCACCAGAUGUGUAGGUUGGUGCCCCUUUCUAAUCCGCAUCUCCAACAAUCGUCUGUGUCCGUCCCCUGUAUGUGCCUCAGUGUGUCUGGUGUUCUGUACCAUCGUGUUAACAGUUUGUAGCUGGUUUCCUGGAAUUUCGAGCUAAUUGAGCAUUUAUGUGUGAAGAGGAAUAUUUUGUCCCAUUCUUGGUCCGUCAGCUGUGUACCCGUCUCCUCCUCCCAUCUGCUCGUGUAGCCUAGUGGGCAACUAUCCCCUGACUGCUGGAGCAGAGCAUAUAAGUGUGACACCCCAUGGGUUAAAUGUCGUCUGUCUGUGCACAGGCGUUCAAAUUCCGUAAGUGUACGGUGGAGUUGAGUUCUCCCCGGGAUUUUGGUAUAGUAGGACCUAACCUGGUGAUAGUGGAAUUUGUCGAGAACAGUAGGUUGCCCGUCUGGCAAUAAGUCCCCCAGCGAUUGCAGCGUUCCCCCCGGACUCCACUGGCGUACAUAGAACCAAUCUGUUCUUUGGAAAUUGCGUAAAGCAACCGGGUGAAGGCCACCCGCAACCCUCGGGUUGUGAGUAAUAGGGGUAAGCGGGUUUGGGGAGCUGGUGAGUUGGUAGGCAUAUCUUAGUCCGCACCACACCUUGAGAGUUGCGUCUAUCACCGGGUUUUUUGUGUGCAGGUCUGUGUAGGUAUACCCACCCAGCCAGAGCUGCGACGGGACAGCGCCCCGAGUCUGUUGCAGUUCCAUGGAUACCCAUCGUUUGGUACUUGGCCGCGCAUGCCAGUCUACUACCCUAUGGAGGUGUGUGGCCCUAUAGUAUGAGAUCACUGACUGUAGCCCCAUCCCCCCGGCCGCUUUCGGUCUCUCUAGGAUCGACCUACGGAUGCGCGGCUGCCUGUUGUUCCACACAAACCUACGGAUAGCUGUUGUCACCGAGUUGAAGAACGUCUGGGGGAUCCUGGUGGGUAGUGCCGCAAAGAGAUAUAACAGCCUGGGGAGAAUGUUCAUUUUGACCGCACCAAUACGGCCAAACCAGGAUACGUACCGCUGCGUCCACCACUGAAGGUCUUGUUGGAUUGCGGAGAGGAGAGGGAGAAAGUUUAGCUUGUAUAUCUGCGUCAGGUCCGCUGGCAGCCAGGUACCAAGGUACCUUAGUUUGGUUGUGCACCAGGAGAAGGCGAACUGGGAGCCCAGCUGACGGGCCCGCUCCUCUCCCUGCAUUAUCGGCAUGGCUUCGGACUUUUCAACGUUGUUUUAGGUUGGAUACCUGGUGAUAGGUGUGGAACGCCUGUAAGAGGUUGGGCAUGGAUAUCCUGGGUUGUUCCAUGAAAAAGAGCAUGUCGUCCGCAUAGGCCCCCACUCUGUGUUCUUCAGACCCCACCUUCACCCCCGUUAUGCCCCCGUCCUGUCUGACCGCCUCCAGAAAUGGUUCAAGAGAGAGGGCAAACAGGAGGGGGGACAGGGGACAACCCUGCCGGGUCCCAUUGCCAAUCGGGAAGGACUGCGUUAGGGCUCCGUUAAUGCGGAUCCGUGCCGUUGGAUAGGAGUAUAACGCCGACACCCAGGCUCGUACAGUUGGUCCAAACCCCAUGUGUCUUAGGGUCUCGUCCAAAUAGACCCAGUCCACCCUGUCGAACGCCUUUUCGGCGUCCGUAGAGAGGAGGACUGUGUCCCUUCCCGAGGUUCGUGCGCAAUGUAUGAUGUUCAGGGCUCGUAUCGUGUCGUCCCUGGCCCCUCUGCCCAGAAUAAAGCCCACCUGAUCUGGGUGAAUGAGAUCCGGCAGGAUCCGUGACACCCUCAGGGAGAGAGCUUUGGUAAAUAGCUUCAGAUCCGCAUUUAGCAAUGAAAUUGGUCUAUAGCUCGAGCAGUUUGAUGGAUCUUUCCCGUCUUUGGGGAUAACCGUUACUAUCGCCGCCAGGGAGUCCUUGGGGAACCGCCCCCCGUCCUGUAAGGAGUUCAGGCCUGCUAGAAGUCGGGGUAGUAGGGCGUCUCGGAAAGUUCUUAGAUAUGUGAGGGGGAGGCCGUCCGGCCCCGGGGCCCUGUGAGUUUUGGAGCGUUUCAUGGCUGCGGCUAGUUCCUCUAAGGUUAGGGGAGCAUCAAUUUCCUCAGCGAGCUCCGGAGUGAGUUUGCGAGUCACAUGUCGCGUUAGGUAGUCUGUGACCUUCCUACGGUGGUUUUGGGCUUCUGUCCCCUGAGCUGGCCUAGCUUGGUUGUAUAGGUCCCUAUAGUAGGCCCUAAAUGCUGCCAUGAUGCCCUCUGGUAGUCUGGUGUGCCGUCCGUGUCCGGUGCGUAUCUGGUGAAUAUGUUGGGCUCUACGCUUCUCUCGGAGCACCUGCGCCAGAAGUCGACCGCACUUAUUCGAGUGCUCAUAGAAGUGCCUAGCUGAUUUCCGCAACGUAUGUAGUAAUCCCUGGGAUAAGUGUGCUUUGAGUGCCCUACGUGUCUCUGUGAGUCGUAAGUAUGUGUCGUCAUCUAGGCUAUGCUUAUGUGUAUUCUCUAGGUCUGCAAUCCGUGCCGUGAGGUCCAAAAUUUGGCGAGCCCUGUCUUUCUUGCGUUGCGUGCUGAUAGAUAUAAAGUGACCCCUAAUGACGCAUUUGUGGGCUUCCCACAGCAUCAGAGGGGGCAUGUCGGGUGUGUCAUUAGUGUCAAAGUACUGCGUAAGCGUCUGUAGUGUCUUGGUGCGUAUCUCGAGCUCUGUUAACAUGGUUUCGUUGAGCUUCCAUUGGCGUUCGGUCGGUUUAAAUAAAGGUGAGUUCAUUAUCACCGUGUUUGGGGCAUGGUCGGACUGGUUGAUAAUCCCUAUGGAAGCGUCUCGGAGAAGCGCCAGGCUCUCCUGGGGCAUGAAGAUGUAGUCUAUCCUACUAUAUUGCCUAUAUACUGACGAGUAAUAGGAGAAGUCUCUAUCGUCCGGGUGGGCCACCCUCCAACUGUCGACCAGCCCCAUGCCAGUCAGUGCUCGUCGCAUUGCACGUAGGCUGUGCUCUGGGACAGUGCUGGUCCCUCUGGUGGUGUCCAUCCGGGGGUCCAGGGGAGCGUUGAGAUCCCCUGCCAAUAUCAGCAGGCCGGCCCUGAAUUUUUCUAGUUUGGCUAGUGUUUUGGUAAAGAAUUUAUGCUGUCCGCGGUUAGGGCUAUAAAUGCUUGCGAAAGUGUAGGUGUGGUGUGCGAUGGUGCCCUUCAAAAAGAUGUACCUCCCCCCCGGGUCCGUCAUGGUGUCUAUGAGAUGGAACGGGACUAUGUGGGAGAACAGAAUCGCCACUCCCGUUUUCUUAGCCUCUGGGUGAUUGGCGUAGUACCCCUGUGGAAAGCGUCUAUUCUCAAUCUUCGGAGAAUCCUGACCCCUAAAGUGCGUCUCCUGCAAGAGCGCCACAGACACCUUUUCCGCCCAUAACUGCCUCAAAAGUUGAGACCGCUUCUCCGGGGUGUUUAGGCCCCUCACGUUAUUAGACCACACUUUGAGUUGUGCGGGGGCGAGACUCCCCCCGGCCCCUCGGGGUGAACAGCCCCCGGCCGGCCCUGUCUGGGAAGGCAUUGUGUAAUUGACUGUACGUGGGCUCGGGGGGAUAAGGGGAGGGUGGGGGAGAGACGCAGAGAGAGAGAGGAAUGGGCAGGUGGCAGAGGGGAGGGGGGGAAAGAGAAGGAAGAAAAAAAAUAAAAAUUAAAUAAAUAAAAAAAUACAAAUAAAUAAAUAAAUAAAAAAUAAAAAAACGGUUUGUGAGCAACAAUGAACCUCGGUCGGAUAGAGUUGCUCGGCAGCUACUCGACUGUAGUCCUACCGAACUCCGACUAGUUUGUACACCACGGGUCAGUUGCGUGGGGUGUGAGCAAGGUCGCCUGCGGCGUGGAACAACCUAGUGUGUGUGUCUGGUCCGAGUCCGUCUCCCGGUGCUCCCAACCCGCCAGUCGUGAUGUGUGUGCGGUCUCCGUCUAGUCUCAGCUGUCCCCCGUCAGUGUUCUACCCCUAGUACCCCAGGGAGAGCAUAUGGACCGUCCUGCCCCCUCAACCCCCCCUCAUCCAGAUUCUCCGUCCUACCCCCUCCCGCCCUGUCAGAUUAUCCGUCUCCCCCCUCUCCGAGGACACACGAGCCUUCUGGCCCUUCUUUGACUUUAGUGGUGCCACUUGUAAGUAGUGCUUAUUGGUUCCUGUGCCCUGUUUCGGUCUAUGUACGAGUUCCUUCGUGCGUCCCCAGGUGCCCGGUCGUCCCCCCUCUCUACCCCUCUCGGCCCUGCAGGGGUCAGGGCGUAGACCUUUUGGCCCUCGGGCCCGGGGGGGUGUGACGGGUGUGCUUCCAGCCUCCUCCCUCCGGGUACCGCCAUGGCUCCCUAGCCCCAGUGAGUAACCCCUUAGGAGACCCGCCCAACCUCCCUGCAGGCCCCGCCCCCACACCAGGUCCUGACAUGCUGUUAAUAGCUCCAAUAGGUCGGGUGCUCCACCUGAACCCGCUCUGCCCCAACUGAGGCCGUGUGAAGUGGUGGUGGCCAGUUCCCUUCUAUGCUUCCACUUUGCUGCCCCCCCAUUUCCCGUCUCCCACCCAAGUGCUGAGUUCCCGGGGGUACAGGUCUUAUAGUACACAUAGGGGAGUCCCAGGCCCGGGGAGAGGAACGGUACAUACCCCAGAUGCUCAGUUUCAAGUCCUCAGUUAAUCCACGUGUACCUACGGGCAGGUGUGCACCUUACCCGCGGGGAAGGACGUGGGGGUCUCGGGGCUCCCGGUCCGCGCAAGAACCCCUCCAGGGGCGCGCUCUCGGGUGCUUACAGACUUCCUACUCUUCCGCGGUGUUGGGCCCGCUCCGGUGCGUUGAGGAGCUCCGCAGGGCACCAUCCGACAGAUGAUCCGCUGGAACUGUAGGGCCCGUGGGCCUGGCCGGCGGGUGAUCAAGGAUCCAGUUAGGGACGGGAGUCUCAGGGAGGCCCGCUGCUCGUAGAAAUCUAGGCACAUCAUUAGGCCAGCGGACUGCCAGCCAGCGAUUCUCAAUUCUUGCCUGCAGACUGAACGGGAAUCCCCAUUUGUAAGGGAUCCGCUUCUGCUGUAGGAGGCCUGUGAUGGGCUUCAGCGCUCGCCUGGCAUCGAGGGUGAGGGGAGACAGGUCCUGGUAUAGGGAUACAUGUGAGUCCAUGUAGGUGAUGGUGCGCAGUGCCCUGGCCGCUCUCAUGAUACUUUCUUUCAGUUGGAAUGAUUGAAAACAGCACACCAAGUCCCUGGGGAGGCCAUCUCUCCUUGGUGGUCGAAGAGCCCGGUGUGCACGCUCUAAUCCGAAAUCCGGUGGAGCUUCUUCCCCCAGUAGUUGUGUGAACAGGCCCUCCAGGACCUCUCUUGGGGUCUCUCCUUCCGACUCUGGCAGGCCUCUGACGCGGAUAUUAUUGCGCCGUCCGCGGUUCUCAAGGUCCUCCACCUGGCGUCUGAGCUCCAGGAGGAGGUUGCCCUGCCUCGUGGUAGCCAGGUCUGUGGCCCGUUGGGAUUGUUCUGACUGCAGCUGUUGGACCUCUAGGUCUCCCACCCGGUGUUCUAGGGCGGAGAGGUCGCGCCAGACCGCAGCCACCUCCUCCCGGAUAGCCGCGCGUAGUUCUGCCACCAGCUCCUUCUUGUCUUGCCUGGAAAACAUGUUUGCCGAGAUUGCCGCGAGUUCAGCUGACAUCUGAGUGAGGGCGUCUCUCCGCGGGGAGUCCUGCGUGGAGCUCGAUCUGCUCUGUGUGCCGGCUAUACAUUGUGGGGUGGACAGGUACUCGUCCAUCGGUCCCGGUUGCUGCGACAUGGCGGUAAGUUGCGGGCCCAGGGCAGUCCCCUUCCUCGUUUUACCCAUUCGGACGGGAGUGGUAACGCUUUUAAAAUGAGCUAUGGCAGGGUUGGGGCCCGGGAGCUCUCACUGCCUGCGUCCUACUCCAUCGGCAGCCCAGCCACGCCCCCCGUCCGUCAACAAUUUUAUUCUAAAAAAGAAGUUUCAUAUGAAACCCAUAAAGUCUGCAUCUCACCUUAUUCAACCAGAACAUUGGUUUGUUUCUCUGGAUCUAAAAGACGCCUAUUUACACGUAUACAUUGCAGAAUCCAGCCAAAUAUUCAUAAGGUUCGCUAUCAACUUCCACAAUAUGACUCUGCAUUACCAAUUCAGAGCCCUGCUCUUUGGUCUUUUUUCGGCCUCAAGGGUGUUCACAAAAAUUCUGGUGGUCGUCUCAGCAUAUCUAAGAAGAAUAGGCAUCAAUGUCAUCUUUUAUUUAGACGACUGGCUUUUGAUUGCAGAGUCGAAAGAAGAACUUUGUGUAGACCUUAUGACUUCUUUGGACACUCUAAAAAAUCAUGGGUGGCUGAUAAAUUUCGAAAAGUCUGAAUUAGUUCCAGUCCAAAGGAUUCAAUUCCUGGGUCUGAUUAUAGACUCCAUUUCCAUGAAGAUUUUUCUUCCAGAAGAAAAGAGAACGAGAAUUACUAUUCAGAAGCUCGGAGAAAAAGGUCUGUUCUCCAUCAGAGAAGCUAUGAGUUUGCUGGGUCUUUUCAUAGCCUCUAUUCCUGCAGUCAGUUGGGCAAAGGCCAGAAUGAGACCCAUUCAAAGAAACAUUUUAAAAGUCUGGAACAAGCAUACAGACAGCUUGAACGGUCUUAUGAUAUUCAACAGUCAGACGCUGAAGAGUUUUCGAUGGUGGACCUCAUCCCGCUUCCUGCAGUCAGGCCUUUCUUUCCAAAUGAAGUCUUUCAGAAUUUUAACAACGGACGCAUCAGGUCUCGGCUGGGGGGCUCAUGUAGGAGAUCUAAAGAAGCAAGGGCUUUGGCAAGUAAAAGAUUUAAGUUAUUCGAACUACAAAGCUGGCUCUCCUACCUUUUCAGUACCAGAUCCAGAAUCAACAUGUACAGAUCAGACAAUUCAACGACCGUAGCAUAUGUGAACAAACGAGGAAGAACAAGGUCAACGUGUUUAGGAUGUCUGUGUUCCAAAAUCAUGCUAUGGUCAGAAGUCCACAUUCUCUAGAUUUCGGCAGUUCACUGAAAGGGAAGAUUCAACGUGUUGGCAGAUGCUCUAAGUCGUCAACAAUUAAAGCAAGCCGAUUGGUCCCUUUCUUUUAAGGUUUUCAGUCAAAUAACAAGGAUAUUCGGUUGUCCAGAGAUAGACCUUAUGGCUUCAAGAGCAAACCGAAAAACAAGACAGUUUGCUUCCAUGAACCCUGCAGACAGACCAGAGGUCAUAGACUCCCUUUCGAUACCCUGGAAUUUCAACCUGGCCUAUGUGUUUCCUCCUUUUGUUCUUAUUCCCACGGUUCUACAAAAGAUCAGGUUGGAAAGAGUGAAAAUAAUCAUAAUUCUCCCUUGGUGGCCAAGAAGGAGUUGGUUCUCAGUUCUCCUGACUAUACCCGGUUCAACUUUUUGGAAACUUCCCCUGUCAACAGAAAUACUGGAACACUCCAUGGUACUACAUCCGACUCUACAGAGAUUCAAAUUGACUGCUUGGUGUCUGAAUACCAGAUUUUAAAGAAUAAGGGUUUGUCUCCUGAGGUUAUUAAGAUUUUGAUGGCUGCUAACAAGGAUUCUACCUCUACAAUUUAUUCCAGGAUAUGGAAGAAAUUUUUGUACUUGGUGUUUUAGGAUCAAACAUAAUCCAGUUACCUCUUCCUUUCAAAACAUCCUUAAUUUCCUUCAGAUGGGCUUCGCGAAGGGUUUAAAACGGGCCACGCUCAAGGUGCAAGUGUCCGUUAUCAGUUUCUUUUCAUUCAGAUGUUUGGCGUCGAACGUUCUGAUCUCCAGAUUCUUCAGGGCACAGUCUCGUUUGGUUCCUACCAUUAGGGAAACUUGUCCGCCCUGGGAUCUUAAUUUGGUUUUGGCUACGCUCUGUGAGCCUCCAUUUGAAGCUCUAGAAAGGUCUUCUCUGAAGGUUUUAUCUUUCAAAACUUUGUUUAUGGUGGCCAUUACCUCAGCUUAAAGAUUGGGUGAACUCCAAGCUCUUAAUGCAAAUUUUCCUUUUUUGGUUUUCCAUCCAAAGUCUUAAAGCUGGGAUCCGUCUUUUAUACCUAAGGUUUUGUCUUCCUCUACCAUCAAUAAAGAAUUAGUUUUGCCUACCUUUUGCCAUAAUCCUUCAAACGCUUUGGAAAGAAAAUUUCACUGUCUGGACGUUAAAAGAUCUCUGCUACAGUAUCUGGAAUGUACAAAGUCAUUUAGGAAACCUAACAGUCUUUUUGUAUUAUUUCACGGUCCUAGGAAAGGUCUGAUGGCAUUCGUUUGGCUUACUCCACCAACAAUGUUGCUGUGCCUUUCCCCAUCAAGGCUCAUUCUACCAGAACUAUAUCCACAUCCUGAGCCCUGCGGGGUCGGCUACACCUUAUCAAAUUUGUUCUGCGGCCACAUGGUCAUCUCUUCAUACAUUUUCUAAGCAUUACAGGUUAGACAUACUGGCCUCGAAAGACGCAUCUUUUGGGCGCAAGGUGUUACAAGCUGUGGUGAAGUGAGUCCCGCCCAGAGGGGAUUGCUUUGAUUAUCCCAGUUGUCAAGCACAGCCUCUAAUCUGAAGGGAAAAGCGUAAAUGUAUUUUUCCUGAUUAUUAGAGUCAGUGUAAUCUCCACACCGUCCCCCGUUUUCUAAUAAACUUAAUUUUACAGUUACCCGGCUUUUGUAUUUUCUGAGGCUGUUUGGGGUAAGUAGAUAUUUAUAAUACUAACGGUAAUUGGGGGAGGUACUUAAAAAGGUUUGGGGGUUUGCCAGCCUGCCUGUCUUUUCCCUCCAGAUUAGAAAUCCCAGUUGUCAAGCACUGCCUCUAAUUUUCAGGAAAAAUAAAUUUACGGUAAGUAAAAAUGUAUGCUCUUCUCAGCACAGAGGCUCCCUCAGAGCUGUUCACCUUUUUGCCUCUUGCAAUGUCAUCAAGGAAGCAUGACCUCCUCGAUUGAUGGCUUAGUCCAAUACUCUUUAUAGAGAAGCAUUGGGAAACUGAUGCACAGCAUGCAUUGAAACUUUCCCAAAUGAAAGCAUUGAAUUCAAUACUUUCCUAUGAGUUCCUGUGUCGCAUGACUGAAUUUUUUCCUGUCAGUGCUGCAGAAGCGGCGCUAGGGGCUGUCAUACUGACAGCCACUAGAGUGGGAUUUAACACUGCAAUAUGAACAUUGCACUUUCUAAGAAGCUAAAGAGACACUGUAUUCACUAUAGCCAUUUAAUCUCAUUGAAUUGGUUCUAGUGCCUGGAGUUCCAUGGCAUUGUCCCUCUAUUUAGUGUUAAACCAUUUUUGAGCAGUUUAAAACUAAGGGUUCCUGGUUUUCCAUAGCCCUGUUUACACUGGAGGUGUGACUAUGGCAAAAAUUACACACUUCCUUGUGGCCAUACCAAUAAUACUCAAAUGGUCACUGUGACAGGCCAAGGGUGGUCAGUUGAAACGCUCAACUAAGCACAGUUGCCCAUCGCUGCUAAGGCAGAUGCUUUCUCAUUAGUAUGAUCAGAACAUGGGGAGCGGGGAGGGGUGCAGGGGCCUCUCAUAUAACCCUAAAACACUCAAAGUCCCAGUCAUGCUUAAAAGUCUGCAAUUUUGUGAUGAGUGCUGGGCAACUGGCAAGCCCACAAGAAACAGAAUGGCAUUCGGGCAUGCAGGGAGACCCUGUCAAGUCUCCCACAAAAAGCUGCAUGCCUAGAAUCACAGUAGCUGAGCACAAUCACAGUGAUUUCAGUUGACUUAAAAGGUUGUAUGCAGCAUUUAAAGUGAACUUAUCAAUAAGUCUGGGGCACCACUAAUUGUGGCUCCAGGUGACCUAGGGGAGCCCAGUAUAUUGACAGAUGCCUGGGUCUCCCUUAUGUGAGCAGGGAUUUAACCCUGCUCACACCAAGUUGUAGAAUUUAAAUCCCCAUUGAAAAAUCUGAGUGCAGCUCUCAAGUGUUCCAUGUAGCUCAUCUGUCAGUGGGGUGCCUCUGAUUCUGGGUUAAUGAUACCUGGGGCUCCCCUGUUGCCAGCAAGUAAAAUGUCUGUGACUGGGUUCUUUAAAAUAUGUCAUCUAGGAUCAGCGCAAGCGGAGGACAAGUUUAUUUUGGCUUUAAAGUCGGUUGUGUUUAUUUUUUCUUGAAAAAUAAAAUCUAAAAAUCCACUCCCAUUUAUAUCACUACUGGGUGCCUCCAUUUUGGCUCUGUGUAAGUCAUUGUUAAAGGGACACUAUAGGCACUCAAACCAUUUCAGCUCAUUGAAGUGGUCUGGGUACACUGUCCCUGACAGUUUUUAUCCAUGCAAAUUACAAUUAUUGCAGUUAUUGUGAAACUGCAAUCAUUACAUUGCAGGGUUAACUCCAAUUCUAAUGGUUUCGCUAUGUGUGAGCUCAUCCAGCAUCCGCUAAAACCCAAUAUUAACCCAUUAAGGAUACAUGACCAAAAUAUUCCAUCAUAAUUCCCUUUUUAUUUCUGAAUUUGUGUCCUUAAGGGGUUAAAGCAUUGAUUCAGUGCUUUCCUAUGGGGUUGUCCUAAUGCGAGCUUGGGGUGCAUGCGCUUUAGGUUCCCGAUGUCCAGGGAGCUUGACCCCCCCAGCGCUGAGGGACAUCGGCGCUGAAAUCAGGCUCUGUGGGUGCAAGGGAGGGGGAGCCUUCCUUUCUUUCCCCUCUUAAUUUGUAGUGUUAAACUGAAUUAAUUUUAUUAACAUGUUUUACUUUUGUAUUUAUUACUUUUUUCAAAUAUAUUGAAUGUUUAAAAGUUUAUCAAAAAAUAUUAAAUCAUUUGGAAAGCUUAUACAAUACUAUUAAAUCAAGGCCUUAAUUUGAUACAUUUAAAUAAAAAUGGAGAAUCUCCUGUAAAGAGGUUGAUACUAGCCAUAGGUGACUUUAAAUUUUUAUUUUUUUUCAGUGUUUGGGAGACUUGGUGUGCGUUUGACCACUUCACUUUUAGAAUAUAUAAAGGCUUUUACGUUCGUGUAAUUUCAGUACAAAAUGUAUUCCAUAAAGCCUCACUCGUCCUGAAUGAUUAGGAAACGGAUAAGUGAAGUACUUCAGGGGUUAACUGACCCAUCCUUAUUUUCUAAAAGUGAUGAUAUCAAAGUCUACAAUAUUUAUAAAUAUCCUAAGUUGCUGCCUUGUGGCUGGUAUACAGCUUGCAUCGAGGAUACUCUUAUCACUCAAAGCCGAAGGCAGUACUUGCCUAUGCCAUAUAGGACCCAAAUGCUUCUCUGAGAACCAGUGGUGAGGAGACGGUCUCACCUUCGAAUCAGAGAUAAAUACUCUCUCCAUUUUAGAAUGCUGGGGUACUGAAUGCAACACUCAUUACAGCAUUACAACUAAAUGUACUAAUUUCUAAAACUGGAGUGUCCCAUUAAAUUGAUGUUUUGGUGCUUGGAGACCUUUAAGAAAACUAAUACUAAGACUAGGAUAAUCGUAUGUCAUAUGUGUGUGUUGGUCUUAUUACAUUAGUAUACUUAUUCAUCGACCUAAGUGUACAGUGUUAAAAAAACAAACAAAAAAAAAAACUCUACAUUUGCAGUGGUGAGUACAUUUUAAGGCCGGUCUAGCAGCCUAUUACUUAAAAUUAAUUAAUUACAUUUUAUUUUUUCUGACCUAGAUCAUUUGAUAUAAUUGUAUUGCAGGUACAGCACCUGGGAGCCAGAAGAAAAUAUUUUGGAUUCCCGUCUCAUUGUAGCUUUCGAGCAGAAGUGAGCAUUUUUAUUCUUCCUCAAAUGCAUUAUCUUUGAUUCUAUACGCCAUAAUAACUAGAUCUUAAUUUAGUAGCUAUAUUGCGAGAAGUCUGUGCCUGCCGUAUCUUCGUAUUUUGUGUGUACCUAUUUUAUUUAUUUAUUUUUUAAAUAAAUUUUUUUAUUUUACCAAACUGUUCUCAAGCAGUAUUAAUAAAUGCUGGUUCUACCCGCACUAAACUUUUAGGUCUUUCUGCUGCUGAGGUUGCUUAGUGCUUUCCCUUUAACAUUGCUUUCAUUUGUAUGACUGUCAAGCUUUAACUGGAUGUUGUCUAGUGUAUGCAUUUAAUCACUUCUGUGGUAAUGACCGUAUACAGUGCUUCUGUAGUAGAACAUUGUGUAUGUACCCUUAUAUGGUGGAAAUGUGAUUGCUUUCUAAAAUGUGCUAUUUUGUUCCUGAGACUUGUAUCGUGAAUCGGCUCAUUGAUUUAAUUGUAUUUUCAUCAUUUGUACAGGGAAAGAGAGCAAGAAAUUUAUGGACCUAAAAAACGAGGCCCUAAACCAAAAACCUUCCUCUUAAAGGUAAAGUUAAACUGAUUUUUCUUGAUAAGAGAGGAUAACAAUUCUUUAAUCUGAAAGAAAAGUGUUCUAUGUACUGUCUAAGAUGGUGGGAUUUCAACCAGUGUACCAGUGCAUUAGCAAAAUGCAUAGGGCUUUUCAAAGUGUGCCUCAAUAAUAACUUGCCUAAAUUUGGAGUUUACUGAAGAGUGGGUUAAGUCCAACUGAGGCUAAAAUAAAGUUGUGACUAAGGUUGAGAGUCUGUUAUGAACAACUACUUUUGCCUUACGUUUUCCAUUUGGAGUUAGUUUGUGAAAAAUCUGAAUAUUGGGAAUAACACUGAAAGUGUUCUGUUCUUAAAAAAUAAAAUGCAGUGCAAAAUUAUAAGAAGGAAGAGUCCCCAAUGGAAUGCAAUGCAUCUGGUGGUUUGACUGGUUUCCUUUUGUGAUUCUCAUUUUAGUUCUUACAAAAGAACACUUUUUUUAAAAUAAAGCUUUCCAAGAGACUUUGUGUCUGUAAUAGGUUGAACUCGGUUCUUGCAUUGUCAUCCUUCAAAUUGGGAUUUAUAUACUGAAGUGUCCGUAGAUAAAAGGUUUACCUUAGCCCAUAAUCUAGUAGUGAGUAGGUUUCCUUACCACAGCUCCCCUCUUCCUGCGCUCAUAGAGAAGCUUCACAGUUGCCACGGGGCUUCUCCUAGAGAAGCAUAGACUUGCAAAUUGUGUUGGUGUGUAAACCAACAAGGAUCAGUGCAACCAUGUCCUUUUCUAAGAUAGCCAAUAUCUUUUCAAUUAAGCACUUUUUAUAAAGUGACAGGGGGAAAACACUCUGUUAGUCCCCAAAGCACUUCAACUAGAUUAAUUUAAUUUAGGGGUUUGGAGUGUUCUUUUAAAUAACAAUUGUUAUUUGUCAUACUUAUAUUUUUCCUCCAUCUACAUAACUUUCCAGGAUUAGAGCCUCCCUACAUUUUUGUGUUUCCAGAACAUAGAUUGCAAUUAAUGACACAUUUGUCUUGUAGACCAUCUAAAUCUGGGCUGUAAUUUUAGUUGUAAUGUUUUCUAGGAGUCUGAACAAUACAAUGUGAUUUCUUCUCAUAAAAAUGUUGAUUUUAAACAAGUAAACAAGUUCUUGCUUUAUCAGUUUUUAAAUCUCUUCUUAUUUCCAGGCCCGAGCCCAGGCUGAAGCUUUACGUGUGAAUGAUGUCCAUUUCACCGUUAAACCGGGUUCUAGUGCUUCUCCAAAACUCCACUCCAGCGCUGCAAUGCACCGCCUGAAGAAGGACAUACGCCGUUGUCACAGCAUGUCUCGACGCCCUCUUCCCCGUCCAGACCCUUCGGCUCCUUCUGGAACAGGCUCUGGCUUGCGCCCUCCAGUGUCUCCUUUCUCUGAAACUGUUCGAAUAAUCAAUCGUAAGGCAAAGCCUCGGGAACCCAAAAGGAACCGCAUCAUCCUCAACCUUAAGGUGAUUGACAAAGGUGGAAAGCCACCUCUAGGGCGCCCCAAAAUUCCAUCUCGGAAUAGGGUUAUAGGAAAAAGUAAGAAGUUUAGCGAGAGUAUGCUGCGCAAUCAGCUUCGUCAUUUCAAGUAUGGAGCCUACCCACUUUACAACAAGCCUGUUCUGCGUGGCCCAGAUGCUGGUAAGCCUGAGGAAACUUCAACCCUCCAAAGUCUGGCAGAUGACAGCUCCAGCACUUCUGGAUGCCCUUCCCCAGCCCCUUCUGACGACCACCCUCCUAAGCUGCUACCUGAAACCCUUAGCCCUGCUGUUCCUGAUUGGCGAGAAUCCGAGGCUCUGGAUCUCUCCAUCCCACCAGAGUCAUCUGCUAGCAAACGUGGGCAAGGAGAGCCUGAUGAUUCUGAUCCUGAAGAAGAAGCUGGAGAUUGGCGUCCUGACAUGUCCCCUUGCUCCAAUGUAGUCGUAACAGAUGUCACCAGUAAUCUGUUGACAGUCACCAUUAAAGAGUUCUGCAAUGCUCAAGAUUUUGAGAAAGUUGCUGCUGCUGGUAAAUAAGAAGUGAAAAGAAAUAUUGUCCAUAAAAAAACACAUGGGGGAAAAUGUAUGGAAUAUUUAAAAGUUAACUCGCUUCCUGUCAGUGGUCAAAACAAAAACCUUUCCAUACUAGUUUUGGUUUAAAUUUUGGAAGUGGCGCUUCACUCUAAGACUGUCUUGAUUUUCAUACACUUGAAACUGCUCUUCAUUCAAGAAUGUCUCUUAGAAUAGCCCUACUUUGUUACUUUGAACUCCUCUUUUUCCCCCUUUAUCAGAUACAAUGAUUUGUGUAUAUGUAUGCAGUGGUGCUUUAUUUUAUUCCUCCUCUCUCCCCCCCCCCCACCACCCCCUUCCUUUUUUCUUUCUCUCUCAUCUUCUUCUCUAACGUUGACAGAAUAUAAAGGUUUGGCUUGGCCUGCUCAGUCUGCUGAGUUAAUUGCACGAUUUGUGCAAUAUUAAUAUAUUUAUCUUGAUUAUUGUGUAACAGCGAGGCAGCAAAAAUAACUUAAAAUUGAAGAAAUCCAGAAUUUGUCAGUUACUUACAAAACACUCCUAAUUUGAGUAUAGAUAUUUGGUCUAUCAUGCCCCCAC